GGCGGGCAGAGAUGGACUGAAAACUUGGGUGGAGUUAGUCAGCAGCAGCGCUUUUAGGAAUGGGUCCCUAAGCUAUUUAGUUAGACAGUAGAGUUAAGCAAGAAGAGCUGGAAACACCUGAUGAUCUCUGUGGGACAAGCCGCUCCAUAACUCUGCUCCUCACUGUCGGAAGUUAUAUCUACCUCCAGGCUUCAGUUUUGUUCAGUUUUUUGUUCGUUGAUUUCUCUCCUGAAAACCAGAGCCAGCUGAUCUCUUCUUCUCCUCUUCUUCAUCCAAAGAUUUAUUGACAAGGAGUCCUUGCACUACUCUUUUUUUGUUUUGUUUUUAAAUUUUAUUGUCCAUAUUAAUUGUAUUUUUCUUGCACUAACGAUGCACACCACACAAAAGGACACGACUUACACCAAGAUUUUUGUUGGGGGUCUUCCCUACCACACCACGGACUCAAGUCUCAGGAAAUAUUUUGAGGUGUUUGGUGAGAUUGAAGAGGCUGUGGUCAUCACCGACAGACAGACGGGCAAGUCUCGGGGUUAUGGAUUCGUAACAAUGGCAGAUCGCUCAGCUGCAGACCGGGCCUGCAAAGACCCCAACCCAAUCAUCGACGGCAGGAAGGCCAACGUCAACCUGGCUUACCUGGGGGCCAAGCCUCGGGUGAUGCAGCAAGGUUUUACAUACGGUGUUCCCCAAAUUCAUCCUGCAUUCAUCCAAAGGCCUUAUGGCAUCCCGGCUCACUACAUGUACCCUCAGGCCUUUGUGCAGCCGAGUAUGGUCAUCCCUCACGUGCAGCCCACAGCCACUGCACCUGCCGCUGCCUCCUCCCCGUACAUCGACUACACCGGUGCUGCUUACGCGCAAUAUUCGGCCGUGGCAGCCAGUGCUGCAGCUGCCGCUGCUGCCUAUGAACAGUAUCCCUAUGCUGCAUCCCCUGCAGCCGCAGGCUAUGUGGCCACAGCAGGAGGAUACGGCUAUGCAGUCCAGCAGCCUUUAGCCACCGCCACACCGGGCUCUGCCGCCGCAGCAGCCGCAGCCUUCGGUCAGUACCAGCCUCAGCAGCUGCAAGCCGACCGUAUGCAAUAGCAGCCACUGCAACCACUGGACAUGCAGCGAGAGGAGGCCCCACUGCAGCCACUGCCGGUGGCUCAGGAGAGGGAGCGCCGGAAGAGGAAGAGGGAGUAGCUUUAAGGGCGGAUGUGCCAGCGACUCAGAGGCAGAGUUGCUUUAAUAAAAGUGAUGAUGAUGAUGAUGAUGGUGAUGAUGGUGACGAUAAUGGAGGUAGUGAUGAUGAUGGUGAUAAUGGUGAGGUGGGAACUUUUUACGAUAAUGUUCCAACUUGCUGUGCUUCAACCAAAAAAAAUGAGAAAAUGAAAAAAGUCUGCAGAACAAAUAAUGGAAAGUCAUUUCCUAUUAUUUUUGUUGUUACAACUGUGGUUAUUAUUAUUACUUUUAUUAUCAUUGCAAUUAUCAUUGUAGUAGAGUACUUAUUUCUAGAGACGGAAUGCAGGAACUAAUCCCUGUGGUUGGUUAUAGGUGUUAAACUAAGCCGUUUAAGUCCUAUUGCUGUCUUUAACGUUAGUGUAGGAAACUGUUCUCUUUUUGGUUAUUUGAUGCCCUCUUAACAUUUAUAUUUAUUAUUGUUAUUAGUACACACUGAGGGCUCUUCCUGUUCUUUUUGUCUUUGCUUUUUUUUGGGAGUUAAUAUUUUCUGAUAAUCAGGGAAAUGGAACUGUUUCCAACGUGUUAUUAUGUGACCUCUGUCAGGAAGUCCAAGAGUCGUAGCUUGUCGUAUCACACAUUUGAAGAACUAUCUUUUUAUCUUCCUGAUGCUGAAUGUCCCUUUUUUUUAACUCUGUGUCUUGACCUCUUGACCUAUGCAAAGCAAACAAAUCACCAGGAGACAAAAAAAACAAAAAAAGUGGACUUGGACUAAUGGGGGACUUGGCAAACAAAACAAAGGCACUGACAUGAGAGCGGAGGUUUGACAACGGCUUCAGACAAUGAGAAACACCAAAUCAGUUGCUUUUCCACAUGUUUCACUCACACAUGCAUCCAGAGUUGCAAACAUAGCAGUCAAAGACAAAGGCGACACAGUCGUGUUUCUCUCUGGCUCCGGGGAUGGAGAGAAAGAAAAAGAGAGAGAAAGGAAGGGGGGGAGAGAGCAGCUGCUGGUGGGGGUGGACAGAGCCGCUCCAGCGCCACACAGACGGAUCAUUCUGGAAAGAACGCAUCACUUGUGCUCGUUUGUUGAGCUGUCACAUUUUAAUCCCUGGCCAGGCCCAUUUGGGAACCAACUUUACCCCCCCUCCACCCAACACUGAGCCCCGCAGCCAUUCAGCCACGCAGCCGUGCCGCUGUCAGCACUUCCACCUCUGUGCUGCUGUAGCCCAGUGUCAGGUACACACUCACAAACACAAACACACACACACACACACACACACACACACACGUCUUCACUAAAAGCCACCCCAACAACUGGUCUGCCUCAUGUGUGUCGAGAACACCAGGUGGGGUGGAGAGUGUUUACUCUUUGACAUUACGUUGGUCUGUGUGCCUUUUACGUUUUUUCUGCUGUUUCAGAGGAAAAACUGAAAGAGAUGAAUCUACUAUUUAAGAUAUUUAUUUUUGAGGGUUGAUGAUGUUAACGCUCUGAGAGUAGAGACAUAGUGGCGGUACUGUAUUAUUAAUAUUAUUAUGUACUCAUCUCAAGGCAUAUAUAAGUUAUUGAUUAGUUGUAGUAAUGCCAUCAUUAUUAUUAUUAUUAUUAUAAUUAUUAUAAUUAUUAACAUACUCAACCAAAAAAUGUUGAUGUAGAACUUAUUUAAAAUACUGUUAUGUGCACUGUACUUCUAUUUUUUAUCCUUUUUGAUUCUUUAGAACAUGACAUUAAAUAUUAGCUUAAUGCCUUUUGUAUGGAAGAGCCUUAUUUAAAUGCAGGCCUGCAUGCAGAUCGACUCUGCCUCCUCUGUGUCUAGAUAAAAAAGAAAAAAAUAAUAAUAAUCUUUGACAAAAACAAAGCGAAGAUGCUGCUUUCUCCACUAGAAUGUAUAGUUAUUGUCAAGGUUUGGGUAGCUGUGCUUCAUUUGCUUAGUAUUUAUCAGAUGGGCUAUUUUACAAAUGUGGGAAUUUUUAAUACUUGAACUAUUUCUUACAAGGGAAAUAUGAAGAUAAAUGACAGAUACACUUUUUAAGGAAGCUUUUCAUUGUCACUGGAUGAAGGCAUGUAAAAGUGUUACUAUUUAAAUGCCAAGGUCUUGUUAAUAUUAAAACCUUUAAUUCAGAAUUUCAACACAAUUUAGUCAAAAUUGGAAUAAAAUGUUGGACAUUGAAAGCAAA